AUGGAAACAAUUAGUGCCAUAAAAAGCUGUACAUACAGUGUGACAGAUGUCAAGUUCAGGAAGGGAGGAGUCUGUUUUCUGGAAAUUAUGACCUACGGCACAAAGUGUAAUGAGACUGCAACAGUAAUCAGAACGGUGACCCGGGAAACAGACAUGGACAAGAAACAAUCACAGCCGGAUGAGCAGAGGGAGGAAGGCCAAGAGAAAGAUCAGUGGAAGUCCUCAGCGCCUGUCAUCCAGACGAAGAAGAUACAAGGAGUAUCUGUCGUCACCGACGGACUCGAAUAA